CAUAGAUUAAAAGGAAAAAUAUGAAAUAUUCUCACAUUGCAAUGUCCACACAGAUUUUUUUAUUUAGUUAAGCUCUAAAUAACUUUGAGAAACUAAUAUUACUCUGUGAUUAAAUGUGGUCAGGUUUGAGACUGAAAAUUUAAAUUUAUUGGGGAGAUUUGAGACUUCUUAUUAUAUCGAACUUCAAUGGUUAGACCAAUGUCGUAGCUGUUUAAGUGAAACGAAGUAACCAAUUGAACCUUGUAUAUAGUAUGUUUUAGAAUACAGUUGCAUUAAUUCAACUGUUUGAAUUAAUACAAUUGAAUGUGGAACUGAUAUUAGAACUGGGUCCUUGUGAUGUAACGGAACCAGAGGGUUCUACAGACAGUACUUCACUAAGUUGCAUGUUCUGUCAGUUGGGGCUCAUUCAGGCUUUAUCUCACAGUUUCUGAGUGUCAGGAUUUCUCUUUAAUGUUUACUGUUUAAUGUUACUGUCAGCUGGAUUUGCACAUGAACCCGUAUCUACUAGCUGCUACUGUGACACAACAGGCUGUUUUAAAUCUUUAAAUCCAGAUAAACCAUGGAGGAGUGCGAAGACAGACUAUGGGAGGACGAUUGUACUUCCUCUGACGACUGUGGGGAAGAGACCAUGCAUUUAGACAACCGUGAUACUGAGGAGAUAGGUGAGUGGGAGAUGCUUCCUGAUGUCUGCUUGCUACACAUCUUCAAAUAUCUCUCUGAUGGUGAUCGCAGCAGGGCAUCUCUGGUUUGUCAUCACUGGCACAAAAUCAUGCGUCUGCCCUGUCUCUGGCGCUGGCGCUCCUUUCACCUCAGUGGCCGUCUCUCUAAAUACAAGCAGUCCGAACACUUAUCGGCAGUGGGCUAUGCUGACAAUCUGGGAGUCUUCUUGGAAAGCUUGGAGGUGACCGUGUGUCCUCCAAGAUCUGUUGUGUUGGCCCAGCGUCUGCAUAACACCAUCUGUGGGCUGUUGAAUACACUGGUCAGAGUUCAAGCCCCAUUAAAGACCCUCUCCAUCAUACGGCUGGAGCUGGACCGUUCCUCUUGGGGCCAGGGCCUCAGAAAUACUGUAGUCAACAAACUCAUUUAUUUCCUCUUAGAAGGUCCCUCAAGACUUAAAAACAUUUGCCUGAUCAGGAUACGGACAGAGACCCAGCAGGGUCUGGAGCUGCUUUCUGCAAUAGUACAAAAUCAAAGAAGCCUCUCUCCCCUCUGUGGCCUUUCUUCUUUGGAUCUAAGAGGUUUCUUUUCUGUCACUGUGCCCAAUCACCUUAAUCGCAAUAUACCUCAAAUGCUGCAAAAGUUGCAAGGCCUCACCCACUUGGCUCUUAGCUACUCCUGGUUGUCAGAUGAACUGCUGCUGGCUCUCAGUGAAAGUAUCAGAGCGAGAAGGGUAAACUAUGGCAGAGAUGGUAACUUCCUGGAAAACCUUUCACUGUACUGCACUCAGAAUGAGCCACAUCAACAGGUGGUGUAUGGUUACUCAUGGGCCACUUUGGUGUCCAGCUGCCCAGAUCUAAAAGUCAGACUCACAGUCGAACAAGUCGUUGACACACAGCAGCUGGCGAGGAUCCUGCUGCCCGAGAUUCCACUCGUGGAGUACAACAUGACUGCAUUUUAUUCAACAGAUGAGAUCUGCAGCGCCAAGCCUCUGCUCCAAACCAUGCUGCCCUGGUACAGACACAGCCUGCAGAAUCUAACACUGGACCUGAGCAACUGCAGCGAGUCACUCGAUGAUGAGCUGCUGGAGUUGGUUAAUGUGUGUGAGAGCCUCGUAGAUUUGAGAGUCUGGGCUUUCUUGGAGAUCUCCACUGUGGGUCGGCUCCUGCACAUCCGGAUGACUAAAAGGAUGUCACUCAACAAGAUCAAAGUGCGAAUCUACACAACGGUAGAGAACAUAGAGGAGCAGGAAGAUCAGCUAAUGGAAAUACUAUCUCCCUUUUGUUACCCUCCUGAGCUACAGUUCCUGGCAGUCAUUUGCCCCUAUAUAUGACACCUUCAAGUGUGCCUUAACACCAAACGAGGCACAAGCUCCCUAUAAAACCAAAAUAAAGUGAAUGAAGCAUAAAAGACAUCUAUUUCUUCAUUUAACCACCCAAAUGAUAAACACCUUGUCAGG